AGUACUUCCGGUAACCUGGGCCCAAAACUGCUGCUUCUUUGCGCGGUGGGCUCUGCUAUCGGUACCAUGUUUUUCCGAGCCGCUUGGAGGCGGGCGGCUUUGUUGGUGAAGGUUUCUCCCGGGCCGAGGCCCACCCUGCACAAUCGAGGACUGCGCCUGCGUGUUAUAGAUAAUGCUUCCCAAUCGGCUGUACCCUCAGAUGCAGCCGCUGCCCCUGAGGCAGAGUCAGGCCUUCGACCUCUCUAUAUGGAUGUGCAAGCUACAACUCCUCUGGAUCCCCGGGUACUUGAUGCUAUGCUCCCUUACCUUAUCAACUAUUAUGGGAACCCACACUCCCGGACUCAUGCUUAUGGCUGGGAAAGUGAGGCGGCCAUGGAACAUGCACGCCAGCAAGUAGCAUCUCUGAUUGGAGCUGAUCCCCGUGAGAUAAUUUUCACCAGUGGUGCUACUGAAUCCAACAACAUAGCAGUUAAGGGAGUGGCCAGAUUCUAUAAGUCACGGAAAAAGCAUGUGAUCACCACACAGACAGAACACAAAUGUGUCUUAGACUCUUGCCGUUCACUGGAAGCAGAGGGCUUUCGUGUCACCUACCUCCCAGUACAGAAGAAUGGAAUCAUCGAUCUAAAGGAACUAGAGGCUGCCAUCCAGCCAGAUACCAGCCUGGUUUCAGUUAUGACUGUGAACAAUGAGAUUGGAGUGAAACAGCCUAUUGCAGAAAUAGGGCAGAUUUGCAGUUCCAGAAAGGUAUAUUUCCAUACUGAUGCAGCCCAGGCUGUUGGAAAAAUCCCACUUGAUGUCAAUGACAUGAAAAUUGAUCUCAUGAGCAUCAGUGGCCACAAACUCUAUGGGCCUAAAGGGGUUGGUGCCAUCUAUAUCCGCCGCCGUCCCCGAGUGCGUGUGGAGCCCCUGCAGAGCGGAGGGGGGCAGGAGCGGGGUAUGCGGUCUGGGACAGUGCCCACACCCUUGGUGGUGGGGCUGGGGGCUGCGUGUGAGGUGGCACAACAAGAGAUGGAGUAUGACCACAAGCGGAUCUCACAGUUAGCAGAGCGGCUAACACAGAACAUAAUGAAGAGCCUUCCCGAUGUGGUGAUGAAUGGGGACCCUGAACACCACUACCCUGGGUGUAUCAAUCUCUCCUUUGCAUAUGUGGAAGGGGAGAGUCUGCUGAUGGCACUCAAGGAUGUUGCUUUGUCCUCAGGGAGUGCUUGUACUUCUGCAUCUCUGGAGCCCUCUUAUGUCCUUAGAGCAAUUGGCACUGAUGAGGAUUUAGCACACUCUUCUAUCAGGUUUGGCAUUGGCCGCUUCACAACUGAGGAAGAAGUGGACUACACUGUGGAGAAAUGUGUUCAGCAUGUGAAGCGUCUUCGAGAAAUGAGUCCUCUCUGGGAGAUGGUGCAGGAUGGCAUUGACCUCAAGAGCAUCAAGUGGACUCAACACUAGAAGAAUAUGCCGCUGACUCUGUGCUGGUCUGACUCUUUUCUUUCUCACUGACCCAUGCACACUGAAUAGUUUAUAUCCAGGGUGUGCUCUGUGGUCAAACUGAAAUUGCUGUAUCCCCAUUAACUUUAGCACAGCCCACUUCCAAGUCCAAAACAAAAGAAAAUAUCUUUCUGCAGCCUUCACGACUUUGUUGAGGGUAUAUAUCCAUUUCUCUUCAAGAGUGCUGCUCUGGUCUUAUAGUGUGUAGUCGUUUCCAUCCUGAAGCAGUAGAGACAUUUGCUAUAAUAUUACUGCUGGACAUCUCUGUGACUUUUGUGCAGAUCAAAGAAGAACUAAAAGAAGGCUGUUUGUUCAGGGACUCUGAUGUUCUAUGUGCACAUUUGAAUCACUUUCUGCUGCUCAGCUGGACUGGCUCCUUGAGCAACAAGAAUAAUCAACUUCUUUAAUUUUGUGUGUGUGUAUUUGGUUCCAAAAGACAUCUCUUUAUAUUGUCUAUAGACGAAACAGCAAGUUUCUUAGAAGGCUUACAGUGGACCCUCAAGUUAUGACUGGCUCGACAUACAGACAGCUUGAGUUAUGGCUGGAAUUUUAGUUUUAAUUUCCUUUAUGACCGAAGUCUUGAGUUAUGACCUGAAUGCUGGCUACUUGUGCUUCCAGACGGUCUCAGAUGUAGAUUCACCCUAAAGGAGUUCUGGAAGGAACAUUAUAACAUUGUUUCUUUUAUGGAGUUCCUUCAGAAAUCUUGGGCCAGAGUCUCUCUCUAAGGACACCAACAUCUGCUUGUAUGCAGGAGAGAGAUUUGAAGACUAUGUUGAGUCUGAGCCUUCAGCUGACAACCUGAGUUAUAAUCAGCUCUUGGGAACGAAUUGAGUUUAUAAGUCAAGGGUCCACAGUAUCUCCUUUACUGUUCUCAUCUUCCUUUUUUUCUUUUAAUAGAGCUAAAAAUAUCUGUAUGACUAUUAUUCUAAUAAUUUAUGUUUCUUUGAAAUUUGUUAAUUUGGAGAUUGGAGAAAUAAACUUGAUCUUCUGUUUUA